UCUCUCUCUCUCUCUCUCUCUCUCUCUCCGCGGUGAGGCGGUACUGUUCUGUCUCAGUGUUUUCUCUGCUGCUCGGUAGUGAAAGUGUGUUUGCGGAUUCUGCGAUAAGACCGGGGAGAGAAGCUGCAGCUGGAGCGCGAGCUUCCGAGUCACGGGGUUCCUGGACUCGCAUAUUAUCUGGGGAGAGAGAGAGAGAGAGAGAGAGAGAGAGAGAGAGGAAAGAGAGAGAGACCUAGAGGAAGGAAGGCACAUCUGUUAAACACAUUAAGUCAGAAGUCUCAGCAGGAUCUCUGUGUUUUCCGUUGAGGAGAAAUGAUCUGGAGCGCAGUUUGUCGGCCUAUCAUUAGGCCACAGGGCCUCGCGCUGAGGAAUGGAUAGCCUCGCCGCUAACGCCACUGCCUUAAGGAUGGGACACAGCUAAUGGAAAUCAUUUAUUCUUUGGCCUGAACAUCAGCAGAAGCAGCAGCAUUUGAUGUAACCGCUUUAUUACUGUAAGUCUCAGCAAAAGUAGUGUUUGUUAGCCGUUGUGUCGGAUCGGGACCGAUUCCUUUUUUUUUUUUGUUAAUUCAUUGAUUUCUAUAGAAGAUGGCGGCGACCUAUCGGAUUGUGGUCAGCAGUAUAAACUAUUAUAACAGUGUCGUAGUGGACCGACGUGUUCAGCAGACCGUGCAUUACUGUAACGGACCAUGUGGAGCGAUAAAACAUGGACUUAGCUGCACUGUGGCUCAUCGUAGUACCUGUGCUGAACUGUUGGAUUCCUCCCAGACGUACACUGACCGGCCAAUCGGCUACCACGAAUCUGCAUCGAAAAUGCUUGAAAAUGGUGGAUGCGGUCAUGUUGGAUUUGGUGAGGAUUUCCAUUAUCAGGUCGUUCCACGAGUGAAGAAAGGAUCUGCUAUCCAGAGCUCGACGAGCCUGAAGGAUAUCACCGGAGAGGCGAUCAACUUGGCCAGCGGGAAGAUGAAGGAGUUCUCCUUCGAGAAGGUGAAGUACUCCUCUAGUCAUGUGACCUUCAGGAAAGGUAGAAAGGUAAGGCCUGACUCGUUUAGCCGGAGGUCUGCCGACCUCGACGUCAUCUACGGACACUUCGGCAACGAUGAAAACUGUCCUCCGCAGAAAGCGGCACCGGAUGAGCAGAAGUUGAACCGAAGCAUCUCACUGGAGCAGAAUCUGAACAAUGCAGCCUCAUUUUAUCUCAACAACCUCACAGAGGAGAACCUCAUUGCCCGGAUUCUCGAGAAGACCAAAACAGACAGCAAUGCUUCUGGGGAAGACAUCAAAGCUUGUUUGGACAUCCUACUCAAGUGCUCGGAGGAUCUGAAGAAGUGCACAGACAUUAUAAAGCAGUGCAUAAAGAGGAAGUCCAUGAGCGGAGACGGUGAGGAUUCUGGAAAUCCGGAUGCUAUUUACAAAACCAUGAUGGCGCGACUCUCAAGCUACCUAAAGAGGCUGCCGUUUGAGAUUGACCUUGGACAUACAGGAAGACCAGAGCACAACGAUCUAUCUGAACUGGUGAACACUCUCCAUGGACUUCAGCAAAGGCCUUUCUCACCUUUUGGCAAUGAGCAGCCUCCUCGAUAUGAGGAUGUGGUCCAGUCCCCUCCAUCAACAAAAGUCCAGUCUAAAGCCUCAUCUUGCUCAUCUCCAGAGUCUCUUGAUGGCACCAGGGAUCUCCCAGGAAGUUUAACAUCAGCUCAAGGCCUCGCUGUAUCACUCCCUUCCCAUUCAUCUGCAAAUGGACUGCAGUAUUCCAACCUUCCCUCUUCCACUGGCAGCACCAAACCGUCCACCCUUCAUUAUCCCAUCUCCACUGGCCGCCAUGAUGCCUCCUCCUCCACCAACAGCAUAUCCAAAGACACCUCCAUGGAGACCCUGUACAUCGAGGAGGACGCUGACGUAGGUCGAGCACUGGAUAGGAAGCAGGGAUCUAGUGCUUCAGAGUCCAGGCAGCUUUCAAGGAGACAUGACAUAAUAUCAGGUCCCAGUGCUGGCAUCACUGACAAACUUCCUGAUCUCAGUAGAAAUGGAACUGUAUAUACACCCAACGUGGAGACAGGAAGUAGCCAAGCUUAUACACCAUCACACAGCACCGAGUCAAGGAUGCUCACAAAUUCGACUCCACACAUCACCAGGGAAGGUGUAGAUGAGAUUGAUAAACUACUAAUGGAUUUGGAGUGUCUCUCUCAGAACAUUCAGAAGGAACCACCACUACCACCAAAGCAGAGACAGAUAAAUGCAUACCAAAAAAAUAUGCACCAGAUUGGCUCCUCGGGGAUUAACGGCCCCCCUUGUCCGAAUCCUCCUGCCAUCUCGUCCGCCAAGUCAACAAAUCGCAACACGGAAGAAGCCGGCGAGGAGGACGAUGGCGCUCUCUUGCUACGGAUCCUGGAGAGCAUCGAGAGCUUCGCCCAGGAGCUGGUGGAUUGUGGAGCCGGAACAGGAACUCAAUCAAAAGAGUGUGAGGUGAUGCGCCUCCUUCAAGACACAUUGGCUAAGACUGAACUGGCUUCAGAAAUUGUUCCUGCAUCAGAAACGGCACCAGGACUUUCACCUGCAGCCACACCUAUAGCUUCAGCUACACCUGUACCUGUAGCUGUACCCUCAGCAACUCCUGCUAAAGUCUUGAGUCCGUUCAUCAGUGCGAGAGACACGGGAUCUACUAUACUCAUCCAGCAGACGCCAGAAGUCAUCAGGAUCCAGCCGGAGAAGAAACCCGUCUCUCCUCCUCCUCCUCCCAUCCCUCGUUCUCCUUCUCCUCCCCCACCUGCCCCCCCUCCUCCCUCCAUUAACAUUCCACGCUUUUAUUUUCCCACGGGUCUCCCAAACCUCAUCGUUAAUAUCGACGAGGCCAUAGCGAAAGUCGAGGCGGCCUUCGCCAAGCUGCAGGAGGAAAAGGCCGACAUCUACGAGAUGGGCAAGAUCGCCAAGGCAUGCGGGUGUCCGCUGUACUGGAAGGCCCCAAUGUUUAACUGUGCAGGAGGAGAGAGGACUGGCUUCGUCUCUGUCCAUUCAUUUAUCGCCACAUGGCGAAAGUUGUUACACAGCUGCUAUGAUGAUGCGUCCAAGUUUGUUUACUUGCUGGCCAAGCCGGGCUGCACGUACCUGGAACAGGAAGACUUCAUCCCCCUCUUACAGGACAUCGUGGACACUCAUCCGGGUCUGACAUUUUUAAAAGAUGCUCCUGAAUUCCAUUCCCGCUACAUCACCACCGUGAUCCAGAGGAUAUUUUACACAGUGAAUCGCUCGUGGACAGGCAGGAUCACCAUGACGGAGCUCAGGAGAAGCAACUUCCUGCAGACUCUGGCCCUGUUGGAGGAGGAGGACGACAUUAAUCAGAUCACUGAUUAUUUCUCUUAUGAACACUUCUAUGUCAUUUAUUGUAAGUUCUGGGAGUUGGACACCGACCACGACCUCUUCAUCGACCCCAAAGAUCUCUCCCGCUACAACGACCACGCUUCAUCCAGCAGGAUCAUCGAGAGGCUUUUCUCAGGAGCUGUCACUCGGGGAAACUCUGUGCAGAGAGAAGGACGUAUGAGUUAUGCUGAGUUUGUGUGGUUCCUCAUCUCAGAAGAGGACAAGAAGAACCCGACAAGUGUGGAGUACUGGUUCCGCUGUAUGGAUAUGGAUGGCGAUGGCGUUCUCUCCAUGUAUGAGCUGGAAUAUUUCUAUGAGGAACAGUGUGAGCGGAUGGAGGGGAUGGGAAUAGAACCGCUGCCCUUCCAAGAUCUGCUGUGCCAGAUGCUUGAUCUCGUCAAACCAGAGAGUCAAGGUAAGAUCACUCUGCGUGAUCUGAAGCGCUGCAGGAUGGCCCACAUCUUCUUCGACACGUUCUUUAACCUGGAUAAAUACCUGGACCAUGAGCAGAAAGACCCGUUCUCCGUUCAGAAGGAUGUGGACAGUGAGGGUCCGGAGCCCUCAGACUGGGAUAAAUACGCAUCAGAGGAAUACGAAAUCCUGGUAGCGGAGGAGACUGUCAGUGAGCAGCUGCAUGACGGGUCUUUUGAGGAUGACUACGAGUGUGAGGAGCUUCCUAUUACAUCUGAGAUCGGAAACAAAAUGGACAAACUGGUGAUCUCCGAUCUGUCCCCAUGAUCGACUUGAAGCUCGCUCACAGAGCAAAUAGACACUUUUCUACAGUGCACAAACGGACUUUGUGUGUGUGUGUGUGUGUGUGUGUGUGUGUGUGUGUGAGAGAGAGAGAGAUCGUAAACUCCCACGAAUGCUUCGUGUUCAGUAUGUCUUAACCAUUAUCACAAACAAACCCCACUCCUCGUGAUCCGAAUUAAACGUCCGGCUGGUUCCAUCCUUCACUUUAUUUAAUAUAUAUAUAAUAAUAAUAAUACAAAUAAAAAAAAAAGACUUAAUAAGGCAUGAGAUGCUUUAGGACAGUUUAUUAGAGUGCUACGCUUGAAGGGAACGCUGUGUUUGUCAAAAUCUCACACAUUAUACGUUUAUUAAAGUCGUCCUGUUACGUAAAUUUACGUUCACGUUAAUAUUGCGACUUUGUGCCUUGUAUGAAAUGUCAAACACACCGGUGCAGGUAGUUACAGCUGUGAGAACAGUGUUGCUAGGCAGCUGGGAAACAUAUAUGCCAAGUAUUCACUAGCUAGCUAGCUAACGAAAGACACGGUGACCGCGGAAACGGGACAGAAUCAUCCAGAAGGUUGGCAUUUCUCUCAGAUAUGUCGGUAAAUAUGUGAAAAAAGACUUGACUACAAUUUAAACGAGAUACACUCAACGUUUGAGUGGUAUUGAAAACACCGUUGCUAGGCAACUAGGAAAUUAUACACACUAGCUAGAACAGUUACGGCGGAAAAGAGAGAAAAUCAUCACUGUGUUUCCUGACAUGUUAGCAUUAUGUUGCAACUCGGAGCUGUUUGAAAUUUAAGUAACUAGCAUAAAUGUCAUGAGAACACGAAAUAAAAUCAUGAGAACACUGUUAUUAAGCAACUGGGCGAUAUGGACACCAAGCAAUGGUUAGCUAGCAACGAACAAAUAAAGUUGCUUAUUUGCUGGUAGUCAGUCAGGUUAGCUAUCUAGCUAGUUAGGCAAUAUUAACAUGACAGGUAGCAUAAAUAGCUGCCUGCUCUGUGUAACAUGUCUUGUGAAUAAAUUUGCAACCGUGCCUAAUUACGCAAAAUGUAAACCGAGCCAAAUAAAAACAAAACCGAUCCAAGUAAUCAGACCGCAGUGGUGAGAUUUGAUGCCGGCGGGUUAGCGUAGAGCGGGAAGGGUUCAUUAGAAUGUGCUUUAGUGUGAGUGAAAUGAUGCACAGUAAAUAUUGCACAUUACUACUUUGAGUGCUGAACCAGUAAUGUAAUGGUGAUGUAGUGCGCCGCUCCUAGUGGCCGCUUCAGGUAUUGCAUGUUAAAAUGGGAAAAAAAAUGUGGUGGAGACUCAAUGUUAUUUAGUAUUUUAUUUCUUCUUCUUCUUCUUCUUCUUCUUUUUUUUGUAACUUGACUACAAACUGAAAAAUUAAAACUUCACUAAACAUUUCCAUAUUCAAAAUUUUACAAACGUGGGAACUAAAACAGGACAAUCUUUAAACGUUUAGCAGAGACUUCUACGUUAGAAAGCUUUGCCAUGUUGCUCUUCAACAUGGCUGUCUUUGAAACAACCAACUCAUACUGGGACUUCUCUCCUUCCCCAAUUAGCCAGACUUUGCUUACGUAUUAGCAUGCGAGUUAACCGCUAGUGUUUGGUUUAGCUAGCACUUAGUGGUUAGUGGUUGCUAUUUGUAUUUAGUUGCUAACGUUUGUGUUAGCAACUAGCAUUUUGAUGUGUAGUAAUAUCAGUGCACCAUGUGGGGGUGCUGUUCUGCCCUCUACACUACAACCUUGUCCACUCUUGGUUGACUCAUGCCAUCAUUUUCAAUCAUUAAAGUGUGUGUGUAUGUGUGUGUUGGAUUAGCGUUAUCGCUAACUCUACGUGUAACACACUCUCUAACUGUACACUGUUUUUAUGUAAUUAGUGUAAUAUAUAAUAUAUAUAAUUUAUAUAAGUGUUUGUGUGUGAGUGCGUGUUUGUGAGUGUGUGUGUGUGUGUGUGUGUGUGUACCAUAGCCGCAGUGUGUUUUCUAACAACCGCUGUAAAUGCCUCUGUAUUUUAUUUUAUUGUAAUAUUUUGGCGUUAGUCUCUGCCACUGCGUGGUGGAGGCGGAGUUUUAAAUGCUGAGAAACGGCCCGACCUUGAACCGCAGUGUUUCUACGACGACCUGCGUGAUGAAGUCGGUGUCCAACAACAAUCGGUUUUCCUGGAACUUUCCCGGCUCAGUCAUCAGGAGCGGAGCGAGUAAACCUGCUGUAGUGUUAUUUCACGUUAAUGAUCUAUGCAAGAACUCCACCCUGUGCAGCUGAUUAACACCGGCUGUUUAACAUCAAACUGUGCGUGUGCAACUUUAUUUUGAGUUUUAUAUCAUCAUAUAUAUAGCUAUAUAUAAAUCUAAAUAUAUUUCCAUGUGUAUUAUUAUUAUUAUUAUUAUUAUUAUUAUUAUUAUUUUGUCUUGCUUUCAGACCUGACGAGGUUUCGCUCGGAGACGCCUCAUGUGUUCGCAUGACUUUUUUUUUCCCCGCCUUUAAUUUUUUUUCUUUUGAAAAUAAAUAAAAUAGUUUUAAAAGCUG